AAGCGUUUAUGGUCAGUCAAUCUGGGCUUGGUAAAGGAGCGACCGAAACGUGGCACUUGCUGCCACCCGCCAAGAGCUGUCAACACCCCCCUGUCCUUUAGCACAUGCUCAACUCCAAACUCCAGCAACGCGUCCUCAACACCAUCACCAAUAUCGUCGCCAAGACAUCGACGGCAAUCAUGGCGGAACACGACCACCCGCCAAUCCACAUCCGCGCAACCCGCUUCGUCCUCGACAUCCUCAAUGGCCGCCAUGUCCUCUCCAAACUCAUCCCCCCACUCCUCUUCCUCGCCGAUGCGCUGCUCUGCGCCCUAAUCAUCUGGAAGAUCCCCUACACCGAGAUCGACUGGACAGCCUACAUGCAGCAAGUCGCGCAGAUCGUGUCGGGCGAGCGCGACUACACGCGCAUCCGCGGCGGCACCGGCCCGCUGGUCUACCCGGCCGCGCACGUCUACAUCUACACGGGGCUGUACCGCCUCACCGACGAAGGGACCGACAUCCUGCUGGCGCAGCAGCUGUUCGCGGGCGUGUACAUGGCCACGCUGGCUGUGGUCAUGGCGUGUUACUGGCAGGCUAAGGUUCCGCCGUACGUCUUCCCGCUGUUGAUUCUGUCGAAACGGUUGCACAGCGUGUUUGUGCUGCGGUGCUUCAACGACUGCUUCGCUGCCCUGUUCUUGUGGCUCGCCAUCUUCUUCCUGCAGCGCCGUUCGUGGAUGGCGGGCGCGCUGAUGUAUACGCUGGGAUUGGGCGUCAAGAUGUCGCUGCUGCUGGUUUUGCCCGCCGUGGGGAUUGUCUUGCUGCUUGGGGCCGGGUUCGCGACAAGCCUGCAGCUUGCGGCGGUGAUGGGCCUAGUGCAGGUGCUCAUCGCCGUGCCGUUUCUGGCGGCCAAUCCCUGGGGGUAUCUCGGCCGCGCGUUCGAACUGUCGAGGCAAUUCUUCUUCAAGUGGACCGUCAAUUGGCGAUUUGUAGGGGAGGAGGUGUUCCUCAGCAAGGGGUUCUCGAUGGCUUUGCUAGGUCUGCAUGUCGCGGUCCUGGCUGUGUUUAUCACGACUCGCUGGUUGAAGCCGGCGCGCAAACCGCUGCCUCAGCUUGUCAUCCCGAUCCUAUUCGCCAAGUCACCAUUCACGGCGCAGGAACAGAGCGCGGUCUCUCGUGACGUCACGCCUAGGUUUAUUCUGACGGCUAUUCUGUCUGCCAACGCCAUCGGCCUCCUAUUUGCGCGCUCUCUCCACUACCAGUUUUACGCCUAUCUUGCCUGGUCGACCCCAUUCCUUCUCUGGCGCGGCGGUGCCCACCCGGUUCUUCAGUAUGGCCUCUGGGCCGCCCAGGAAUGGGCGUGGAAUGUUUAUCCUAGCACGCCUAUCAGCUCCGGCGUCGUCGUCGGCAUCCUUGCUGCGACGGUGGCCCUCGUUUGGCGGGGCGCUCGCGAGGACUGGGAGCCGAAAAAGGUUGCGUCGAAGGAUGAGGCGACAAAGCGGUAAUCGGACAUGGAACUGAGAUCAGCUAGCAUGCUCAAGAUCACUCCUCUUCCGAGUCGCUAGGCGGCAUCUUGCCGACGGUCGAGUCCUCGUCAUCGUCUUGGCCGUACGUGUUUUUAGCGAACUUGCUCGGCCUGCGGGUCGCAGUUAGUCCUGGACCGAUUAGCAGACGGAGCAGGGAACCUACCAGUACGGCUGCUUCCGCCACGCCUUCUCGUCGCGCACGAUGUUGAUAAUCUCGCCGCUCACUUUGCUGGUCUUCAGCCGUUCUUUCGCCGACUCUAAGUCUACCAGCACAUAACCGCCUCGCCUGAUGAAAAUGGUGUUGCGGAACUUGGGCUCGAGCUC